AGUCUCUGUCACUCAUUCACCUGUUACUCUUCAACAGGUAGCAUCUGAUACAGUAUCUGUAAUAGUCCUGUCUUUAUUUAGACGCUUAUUAGCGUAAUUUGAGUUUCAAAGUUUCAUUUUGAUGUAGAUAUAGACCGCCUAUAAUUAAAUAUAUUACAUUGUUUUUAAUCGCGACAGAUUUAAUCAUGUACGGAUCCGGCAGAACUUUAUUCCUCGUCAUUGUUUUAAGUGGCUCCCUUUUCGCCUUAUUUUAUAUUGGCAUGGUUUUUUGGAGUAAAACUUCACUACCGAUAAUGAGACUCUCAAACUGCGACCGUGAUCCAGAGAUCCCAGACUUUCCCAAACCAAAUAUCGGGCCUUUUCGUAAUGAGAAUCCAGCACCCUGUACUUGCCAAAACACUAAUCCAGCAAACCAGUUUGUUUCAAAAGACGAUAUGGAUGACAUGCAGAAACGCCGGGCAGAAGAGUUCAGACAACACCAGAUCAGAUCAGGUAAAGAAAAUGAUGUUCUUCUUCUCGUCCCGGCCAACACGCCACUCCAGUAUCCGAUGAGAGGAUUCAGAGUAACUCCCAUGAAUAAAACACUCAUUCCUGGUCUAGCCCUGCAAACACAAAAGAGAGCGGUUUACAAGGUUUCUCUAAGGGUGCAUAAAGGAGUGCUUUCAGUGAUGAAUGUCCAGGAAGGAGAGCAGGUGGAAGGCCAGAAUGAGCAACAUCUGAGCAUCUCAUCCAGCAGCCUCCAACAGCUCAACGACCUGCUGAGCAGACUGACCUACACCAGCACCAUCUACCACAUCAAGACAGAAGACCUCGCGUACUUCUCUUUUGAGAAUCACGAGGUCAUAUUCCCGAUUGAGAUCAGACGUUUGUCAGUUCCUGUACUGUUUGACCCAGGAAAAGAUGUGAACUCUCAGGUGACUGUGCUAGUAAAAGCAUUUCUGCGUUACAAAGAACUAAAUGUCCUCAUCAACAGUAUCCGUGUGAACUACCCAAAAAUAAAGAUCAUUGUUGCUGAUGACAGUCUGAACCCAGAGAAGGUGGUCGGUGACAAUAUAGAGCACUACAUAAUGCCCCCAGCACAGGGCUGGUUUGCAGGAAGAAAUCUGGCAGUGUCGCAGGUCACCACUAAAUAUUUCCUGUGGGUGGAUGAUGACUUUGUGUUUCUCAAUGAGACGCGCAUUGAGAGCUUUGUGAACAUUAUGGAAGCCGUUCCUGAGCUAGAUGUGGUUGGUGGUCAGGUAGGAGGAAAUCAGUUUGUCUUCCAGCUGCAAUACGAGGAAGGGAACAGUGAGGAAGGCGGCUGUAUCACGCGUGUCACUCGUACCCAUGCGCCCCUGCCGGGUUUCAACGGCUGCUUCUUUGCAGAUGGAGUCGUCAACUACUUCCUGGGCCGGACGGAGGCUGUGCGGAGGGUCGGUUUUGACCCAUUCCUCAAAAGAGUGGCUCACACUGAAUUCUUCGUUGACGGGCUUGGAGAUUUAUUAGUUGCCACCUGUAAAGGUCUCAGUAUUGGUCAUCAAAAACACGGUUCCACGAACAAGUAUGGUUCCUACAGGCAUCCUCCCAGAAGUGAUACACAGGCGAAGAUGACCCACCAUUUUUUUAAGAACCAUCUGAAAUGCAUCAAAUACUAAGGAGCAUUUGAGGUGAAACAUGCCAUGCCUCACACCUCAUUAAUCAUUGUUUUUUUUUUUUUUUUUUUUUUUAUUUACUCUACAAAUCAAAGGUUUGGAUCUACUUAUUCACAAGAAAGCUUGUUUUUACCAUGGAAUAAAAAACUAAUUGCUAUUUUUCAAAAUUCUGAUUUUUUUUCUUCGCUAUUCUGAUUUUACAUCUCAAAAUGUAGACUUUGUUUCUUGCCCUUUUUUCAGAUUUUUUUGUUUAAAUUUCUUAACUUUUUUCUCUCAUAAUUCAGAGUCUGUAAUCUUUUUUUUAAUUUUUUUUCACAAUUUUUGCAAUUUUUUUAUUGUAAGUCUGUAUGACAGUUAUGACUCUUUUUUUCUCUAAAUCACAAGAAAAAAGUCAAAAUUGUGUAUUGUGAGAUAGAAACCCAGUAUUGCGAGAUAUAAACUUGCAAAAUUUCAAUUACCUUUAAGUUAGUCCAUGGUGAAAACAUGCUUAAAAAAACAUUAAAGCUAUAAAAGAACAGAUGGAAGAAUGAGAAUUAUAUAGUGACCAAACAUAUUUACUAAACUUAAUGUUUUCAUGGUCUGUCAGUGAGAACUGGUUGACUGGGUUUGAUUUUCCUUUCCUUUCAUAUCCACUCCAAAUUGUUUAUUUUUUUAAUUUUUUUUUUUUUUACUUAAUUUAAUUUGUGCAAAUGAAGUAAUGGCCUAUGGGUUGGAUGUUCAUGUGGGUAACUGGUAAUGAUUUCAGGAUAAGGAGGGUGAAAAUGAUAGUGUUACAUUCCUGUUUUUUUAUAAGUGGAUCAUACACAAUUUUUAUAAGUGAAGUAUAUAAAAGUGUACGCUGUUAAAUAUUACAGCUUAUGCUGGGAGUUCAUUUUUCAAAAUUUUUAAAUGUUAUUGCUUAUUUUUAGAACAUUCAAAGGUAGUUAAUUCAGAAAUAAUGUUCAUAACAAUGGUAGUAUUAGCAAAGUGUUCUUACUUUGUUAGCUGGGAUAGCACAUUAACAAGUGAACUGAAAACAAGUGUUGCAGUUCCUGUGAAUCACCUGUUUACUGUACACACUCUCAGAAUAGUUUUUUUUACAAAAACUGUCACAUGGGUACUGCCCCAGUGACCGCUUUUGUGCGUUUUUUUCUGAGAGUGCUGUUCAUUUUAGCUUGAGGUAGAAAAAUAUAUUUUUGUAAAUAUAUUUUGAUGGUGUAACCUGCAUAUUACUUAUUUAUAUAAGAGUCAAAUUUGUAUUUUAUUUGAUAAAAUCAACAGGCCUGCAAAGUUACCAUUGUCACCAAAAUGUCAAAGUGUCAUCGGUCUUUCAUCUUUGCAUGUUUACUGGAUCAAUAUUGUCACUAAAUACAUUGCAGUGCCAAUAAAGUUUCAAUGCUCGGUUGUCAUUUUAUUUUUUGAGAAAAUUAUUUAUUUGUUUAGUCUUCAGCUUAUGUAUCCACUGUAGAAGUAAGCUAUUUUCUGCAAAUGUCCGACUUACCACUUGUUAGCUGCUAUAGAUAAAUCGCUAGAAGAAUAACAAAGUGCAUUAAACAUUAAACUUGUGCUAUAAACCAAUGUGUUCAUGAUUAGGACAACACAUUAACAUAUUGUGAUAGCACAUACCAGUUUGCAUUGCAAUAUCAAUCAGCAUAACGGACUGUUUUUAUACAGCUAAAACAACCGCAGGCGAAUGACACCGGAAGCUUCGGACAUUCAGGUUACACAAAAUAAGGCAGGCACGCAGAUGGCACUAGGGACGGGGGGACAUGACCUCCCCAGAUUCAUAGUGACCCGAUCCAGUCUAGUCUAAGCAGAAGCGACCCGGCCCACCGCUCCUGCCGCUAAAAAGCACGCUUUUGACCGCAGUGUCUGAUCGAGUCCCAAAACCAACUUGAGAGAGAUUGAGAGAGAUGGCAGAUAAAAAAGAGCGUUUACAAUCAGGCAAGAGGCAGGACCCACGUAAAUAUCAGGGGCUCAGGGUUUCAUAUAUUUUUGAAGCACCCCUGGGCGCCGCCAUUGG